AUGGCUCGCAUUCAGGACUUCGAGGGUAUGAAAUACUCUCGCACCGGCGAUGAGUCCGAGCAGCUGGACUAUGCCUUCUUCAACCAACAAUAUGCAAGUUCAACAUACCAAAAGGAACACGACAUGAACCCCAGCCUCAUCGUCCGUCCCAAACAUGACGAAGACGUAAUCAGGGCAGUCAACUGGGCGCGCGACAACAAAGUCGCCAUUGCCAUCAAGAGCGGUGGUCACCAAUACUCCGGUGCAUCGUCUACGUCUGGAAACAACAUCCAGAUCGACCUCUCCAACACCUACAAAGAUCUCAUGGUCCUCAAACCCAAGGACCCCAUCGCGGAGGAUCGCACCCUUGUUUACACGGGCCAUAAUAAACUCUUCGUCCCGACGGGCCAAUGCGCUUCUGUCAACGUCGGUGGACAUGGCCAGACCGGGGGCUACGGCCAGCUUGGCCGUAGCUUUGGUCUCUUCGGCGACAGCAUCAGAACCAUCCGCCUUGUUCAACACGAUGGCAUCAUCCGCGAUGUUACCAAGGAGAGCAACCCGGACCUGUUCUACGCCAUUCUGGGCGGAAGCCCAGGAAACUUUGGCAUUAUCACGCAUUACAUCCUCGAGGUGUACAAGUCCAAGAAUUACCUGGGCACAGUGGCUGGCCCAAACAACUUCAAGGGGCCACACGGUAUCAAGGCACUCUGGAUCUACUCCCGCGAAGUCCUCGAGAAGCUGCUCACAGCUGUGGCCAAGAUGGCCGCUGAUCCUACCUUCCCCCGCGGCUUUGACCUCUGUGUGAGUGUCCUGAGCACAGAGUUCCCCAUCACCACGCUCUUCCAGGAGUUGAAUGACGCAACGGUUUGGGAGCGCGUGCAAGCCCACAUCAGGAAGGUUCUCGAGGAUAAGUUCCUGGACUUCUUAAACGGCAAAUUCCCCGCUUCAAUCAUCCUCUACGCACAAUGGUGUCCCACUAGCAAGGAGGACAAGUACGACGCCAAAGUAGACGCCUGGUUCGACAACUUUCGCCAGCUCAAGAGCCGCCUGGAGGAUGAGAUGCUGCAAUUUGGCGAGUUCGAUAUGGAAAUGUCGGACAUGACAGGCCAGUGGCUCUUCCCCAAGGAGCGCGAGUUCGAUCUGCCGUACGUCAAGCGUGUCUACUCGACCACUCUCCUCAAGGACGGGUGGGUCAAAGACGUCGUCGACCGGAUUGACCUCAUCUACAACCCGAAGCAGUACCUCGACGGCCAGCCUGGCGAGAAGAACUACGAGCGGUACUUGCGAUGCAAAUUGUCGGUGCAAAUCCAGUGCUUCGGCGGAGAGAAGUCGCGCUUCUAUGCCAAUAGGGACAAUGGCACCUCGUACAGCUGGAGAGACACGACCGUCUGCCAGACUUUGGAUUGCUUCCACGAGGCGGACGCUGAGUCGAAGAAGUAUGCCGAUGCGUGGCAGGCGAAGAAUGAUGCGGUGAUGAAUGGACCGGACAGCUCGUUUAGUAAACAGGAUAGACGUUUGCUCUGGGGCUCUCAUGGAGAUUGGAACCUUGGGGAUGAGAAGGUUUGGAAGUGUUACUAUGAGGAUGAGCAGAAGUAUCAGAGGCUUGGGAGGGCGAGGGCGAAAGCAGACCCGAACGGAACUUUCACAGCGAACCCGUUCGCUGUGACGGCCGUUCAUGAUUCCAAUUAA